ACGUGGGAAGAGAAAGAAAGGCUUCAUGGAUAUGUUUUAAAUAGGGCUGGAGGAGUGGAAGCAAAUAUGAGCCAAAUAUUGGGACAAAAGCUAUACGGAUCAAUACCAAACUCUGUUGAUUAUAGGAGGAUAGUCGGUACAGUACCGGUAGUGAAUCAAGGUAAAUGUGGAAUAUGUUUCAUUUUUACGGCAUUAGCAACGCUCGAAAUGUAUAUAGCGCUCAGAAAUAAGCAGAAUAUCGUAAAGCUAUCAGUUCAGGAUAUUGUGGAUUGCAGUGACUUGCAAGGAUGUGACGGAAAAGGUGGAAGUUCAAGUCAGGUUUUUGAUUGGAUUGCUGACCACGGUGUAACGACCGAUCGAAAUUAUCCGUAUAAGGAACGGGACAGUUAUUCAUGUCCGAUAAAAGCGAACCAACGAAUAAAGGGUGGAUUAGUUGGCAGUAUUUUGUUACCGUUUGACAAUGAAGAAAUAAUCAAGAGAGUAUUGGCGGUGUAUGGCCCAGUUUCUGUAUCACUACAUGCAACAAAGUCAAGUUUUCAGAAUUAUGCAAGUGGUAAGUAA